AUGGCAUGGAAGAUCAUUAACAUCAGAUACAUUAGCCCAUCCUUAUGCUCCCACAAAAUUCUUAUGGAGGAUGAGGUUAAGCCUGUCAGGAAACCGCAGCGGAGGUUGACUCUUAACUUGGAGGUAGUGGUUUGGGCAGAGAUUGUGAAACUGAUGGAUGCGGGGAUCAUCUUUGCUAUAUCUGAUAGCAAGUGUGUUAGUCCCACUCAAGUGGUCCCAAAGAAAGGCAAGAUGACUCUGGUCCGGAAUGAGAAGAAUCAGCUGAUCUCGAUGCAUACUGUGAUUGGCUGGCAUGUCUACAUCAACUACAGGCGCCUGAAUGACGCCACCAGAAAGGACCAUUUCCCGCUUACUUUUAUUGAUCAAAUACUGGAGAGGUUGGCGGGACAUGAGUUCUACUACUUCCUGGAUGACAUGUUUGGGUACUUCCAUAUUCUGAUCACAUAA